UGUGUGUGUGUGUGUGUGUGUGUUAAAGGCACUGAAGUGGUCAUGGUGAGAGAGUUGUAUCAUCAGAGAAACGACCACCUGGUGGAGAGGGAGAUCAACGAGGUGGACAAAUUCACCACAGAGCGCUUCAGACGUGGAAGACCUUUCCACCUUUUAUUUCACAGGUACACAUCCAAUAGCACCGACACAGAGCGUGAGAUGGAGUUCAGCAGUGACCGUGGUGAAGAUCUGCUGCGGAGGGUGGAGUCAUCGGAUGAAAUGACGGAGUCCUUCGAGGGCCGCAGGGACUUCCUCUACUGCCGGCACGUUGUUUUCCAACCACAGAUUAAGCUUUCACGAGAAGAUUUGGAAAGCCAUCUGAAAGUCCGAGAAAUAGAGGUAAAACAUAU